GCGAUCGCCGCUGUCGGUACCGAGGAGUCCUUCUUGGUGUACACCCAGGACACCGCUGGUCGAAUCCGCGAGACCCGGUGCCAAAACGGCCAGUGGUCCGGCGGCAGUGAGCAGGAUGUCGUCGCCAAUGCUAUCUUGGGAUCUCCCAUUGCUGCUAUCAUGCCGAACUCGGACACUGUGAACCUGUUUUUCAUUGGCGAGGACACGGAGGUCAAGGAGGUGCAACGUGACAGCGACGGACGCUGGCACGAAGGCUCCCUGAACCGCAACCAGGUCAAGGUGGCCCCGUAUUCGAUGUUGUCGGUAUGCAGCCACCGACGCCAGCAGAACACCCACAUCCGCGUCUAUGUGCAGAUGCAGGAUAAUAGCAUCCAGGAGCUCGGCCAGGAUGACGAACAGCGAGGAUGGUCGAAGAUGACCAACCUGGGCCGUGCCCUGCCCGGCACUGGUCUAGCCAGCUACAUCAAGCACCGACCAAGCAAUAGGGUCUACCACCAGUCCGAGGACCUCAGCCUCAAGGAGAAGCUGUACGACGGCAGACAGUGGAAGGAAGGCGAGUUCACAGUUUCCAAGGCGCCCCCGCGCACCGACCUUGCUGCGACCGUCUUCAGCAACGACCAUAUCCGCGUCUACUUUGUCCACGAGGACAACCAUGUUCUCGAAAUGGCCUAUGAUAGGGGGAAGUGGCAGCGUGGUGGCUUCCGCGAGCAGUGCGUCCCGGGAAGCCAGGUCGCGGCUUUCGCCCCUCCCCGCCAGGAGGUGCAGCUUCGCGUCUACUUUCAGAGCGGAAAGCAUGUCACUGCCGUUUCUGAAUGGGUCUAUGACCGCCAGUGGAAGCUGGGCAAGGAGGCUCUUCCCCCUGCUUAG